CAUCGCCACAGCUUAAGCAAUAUUUCGGCUAGCCGUGUUUACACAACGUCUUGCAUUUAGAACGACGAAGUUCGGUUGUGUUUUGUAAAACAAAUUUUUGUGUGAAAUUGGAUAUUUAUUUAUAGUUUUUCUUUAAACGAUUCGAAGAUUUCUUGGUUUGGAAAUGGUCCUGUUUGGUGAGACGAUGUAGUUAUAGGUGAAAAGUGACAAAAUUAUUGAAAUGGUUAAGCUUAAAGUGGCUGUAAGGGUAAGGCCCAUGUCUUUGAGGGAGACGGAAAUAACAUCAACGCCCGUCAUUUCCGUGCUCAAUGAAGAAUCUUUGGAGAUCACAAAUAUAAAGGUACCUGAGGAGAACGUGGCCGACAGCAGAGAAAGAGUCAGAAGAUUCACGUUCGACUAUUGCUUUAGCGAGUCAUGUUCCCAAAAUUACAUAUUCGAAAAAAUAGAAAAAUUAAUCAGCGAAUCCAUAAGAAAACGCAACCAUUCCUGUGUUUUGGCCUACGGUCAGAGUUCCACCGGUAAAACCCAUACCAUGAUGGGACUGGAAGGGGAACCCGGACUCAUUCCUAAUUUUUGUAACAAAAUUUUCGAGUACCUUCAAGAAUCGGCAAUAGGCGAAGAGGAUUUUAGCAAGAAAGUCACAGUGAGUUACUUGGAGAUUUACAACGAAAAAGUUCGAGAUCUUUUAUGUCCUAGAGAUGACACCAAUAAAACCUUGAAAAUACGAGAACAUCCCAAAAAAGGACCUUAUGUACCAGGUCUUUUGGAGCAUCCCGUAACCAACGCGUCGGACCUCCUGUUCUGGUUGGAAAACGGCAACAAGAAGCGAAAAGUAGCCGCUACCCUUUCGAAUCCGCAAUCGAGCAGAAGCCAUUCCGUUUUCGUCGUCAAUUGUGACGGCGUCAAAUUAAAUUUGAUCGAUUUAGCGGGCAGCGAACGAGUGGGGAAUCGAUGCUUCAACAUCGUUCGAUUCAAGGAGGGCGCCAACAUAAACAAGAGUAUCGUGGCGUUGGGUAAUGUCAUCUCCGCGUUAGCACUACAAACAUCUCAACAAUCUCGUGGAGUUAGAAGAAGAUUUGUCCCGUUCCGGGACUCCGUAUUAACAUGGUUUUUGAAAGAUAUUCUAGGUGGAAAUUCCAACACUGUUAUGGUGGCAACCGUUUCUCCCUCCAGCGCCUGCUAUAACGAGACCGUGAACACUCUGCGUUUCGGGCAACGUGCCAAUAACAUCAUCUUCAAGCCAGUCGUCGUCGAAGAUAUCAAAGAAAAGACCAUCAGCAAUCUAAGAGCGGAAAUAUUCAGGCUCAAGGAGUUGCUGAAAGAUUUACAGUUUGGACUACAAAACCAAAUGAGAAAUGGGCCGUACACUGCCUUCACGACCCAAAGAAACAAUUUCAUCAACAACAUCCUCAAUACCAAAAACACCGACUUUACCCCAGAAAAAAUAAACACCCUCCAAACCGUCCCAGAAUCUUUCAAACUAGACCCACCCAAAGAAUCCCUAACUACUCAAGACGAACUAAUUCCCCUCAUAGACGUCGAAACGUCAAUCAAAGAACAACAAAAUUUAGGAGAGACCUUUUCGAGCACAACCUCCAAGAUGAACCGCGAAAAAUUGGGCAGUUACAGCUCCGACGAUUCCAUCCAAUCUUCUAAGUCAGUAGCGUCCAGCUCCGGGAAAGAUUCCGGUCAGCAGACGCCACAAAACGAUCUCAGAAGGAAAUCUUUGACCAAAUCCAACACUUCUCUAUCGAAAACCCCUCCGAAACGAGGAUCGUUAGAAAAUACCCCGAGAAAGAUGGAGAGAGCCAUAUCAACUGAACAACUAUCCAAAAAGUUCGAAUCCAAAGUGACUUUGAACGCCAAGAAGCCCAGAUCGCAAGUUGUAGCAGCAGUUACCAGCAGAUUGUACAACAAAACAAAAAGAAAAGAUGCCUCUACAGAUACCGAUGAUAUCAACGCCUUCGGUACUGGAGUUCUAGAUUUAUUGACAGAAAACGCCAAGUCACGUUUACGAGAAAUCACGCGAAGAGCCUUAAAAGCUCACAGAAUUAAACACCAGGACACCCAGACUGAUUUCGUGCCUGCCAGAAGGAUGAAGGAGCGAGCUACUGAUAGCAGAGAUCUCAAACUUGAACUCCUGGAAGUUAAACAUUCAGAAACAAUGACUGUUUUAGACACACAAGAUGCUUCUGUCGAUUGUACCGGUUUCGUUAAUAUUUUCGGAGAAGAGGAUGCUGAUAAAAACUUCUGCUUCACCAGAAGUUGCGGUACGCAGUUCAAUAAAGACGAAUCAGACAGGAAAUUGCUAUCAAAACCCCAGGCAGUCAUGUCUUUUACUAAAUACCUCAGAGAGGUGAAAGAGGAAUGUAAUAACGAUGCUAUAUAUACAAACGUGGUUAACAUCAACAUUUCCAAUCAUUAUUCUAAAGAGAAGAUCAGCAAUAGCUCAUCUUCAGACAGCUUGGACCAAAUCCACGCUCAGAGCUUAGUAACACCGGAUCUUCUAAGCAACCAUCCACCGUUAGAAACCUGUUCUAAAGAAGUACAAACUUGGUUCCAAGGUAAUAUCAUGGAAGUCGAUGAAAAGUUCUUAGGAAGAACCAUUGACCUACCAAACGAUGAUGUGAUUAAGGAUUACAGUAAAGCUAAAUGCAGUACGAUCCCCAAUCAUUUCAUAGCGAUACCGUCCAUAAAGAUGUUGAAGACUCACGUACCUGAAACGUGCCUAGCAUCAGCUUUCGAUGAAGAGUUUUGCAUACCUUUACAAACUUUCGAAAGUAAUUCGAUGUUACCGAAAGUUGUUGAAUGUCAUCGAGUAGAACGCGACGAUUUGGUGCUAGUGACGGAACCACCUGUUUUGCAACCUGUGGCUAAGAAUCAAUACGGGGAAGAAACGUUUCAAAGCAGCUUCCGCAAAAAGAUUCAAAAAAACGGCGAUGCUACUCAAAGAAUGGUAAGCGCUAUGUCAGUAUUUCUAGAAGAAGCCGCUGGUAUUAUGUCCAAAUUUUCGGAGAAGAUAGAAACUAAAAGUAAUUUCGAUCUAGAAUUAACUGUGAACGGAAUAGAUUUAAAAACGCCCAAAAAGAAGAAGAAAAUGCGAAGAUUGAAACGUUGGGACCUCGGUUGGGAUGAAAAAGAAAGUAUAUACAGCGAAAAAGGAUCUCAAACGUUGCUACCCAUCAAGUAUUCUUGUUCCACGCAAUCAGAAGAACCGAUUGCAUUACCUGUCAAUAAAUAUGAAGCCCCAUUGAAAGAGUGUUGCGCUAGCUUGGAGAACAAAAUCCGUAGAGUAUCGUGGGCGCCUCCUACCAAAUUCAGCGAUGACGAAGAAGAUGAAGAUACCGAUGAUCUUCUGUCUGAAAGCGCUCACGUUGAAGCCUCUAGUUUAGAAAGCACCCCUCCCGCCUAUUCGGACUAUGGAAGUUUGCCGAAAAGGAAAAAAGUGAAGUACAAGACUCUGCCCUCGGCAAGUCCCAAAACGUAUUUGGAACAGUUGAGGAGUUUUAGGAAAAAUAUCGUUGAAAAGUCGAGAGACAGCUACACGUAGUGGCAUCGCUUCUUACUUUAUAAAUGAUAUUUACGUAGAUUUAGGUGGAGUUUUUUACUUAGUUUUAACAUUUUUUAUAUUGUACUCGAAGUAAUUAUUACGCUGUGUAAUGAUGUUGAAAAUUAAUAAAUG